GGUCGCAUAAGCAGACAUGAUAAACAAUACAAAUCAUAUGACAUAAUGUGAUGAAAUGAGUUUCGUGCAGUGGAUUUUGAAAUCGAUUAGAUGGGAAAACAGGUUAAUUACAGCACUGACUGUGUAUGUGAUCGAGUGUUUAGAGAACUGAAAGAAAAUAAUACUUUUGUUGUUCGUCAUCAUAAUUAUAUCUAGCUAUUUUUUCUUGCUGUUGUACUGUUUUUGGACAAAUUAAGAACAACGAACGUAGAUUACCACCUCGAAACGAUUGUAAUAAUUAUUUUAAACCAGUGUACAUCCUCUAAAUCCUAUUGAUAAAAAUUAGUAAGGCAAACGACGAUUGCCUGUUAUCUUUUUGAUAAUUGGCCCAAAGUCGACAUUUCAGAAGUUUCCAAAAUAAUCAAUACUAAAAGUCUCGAAUUUAUUACAUUUCACUUCGGACAUCAUCUGUAGACCAAUGAGCCUGGAUCUAAUGAUGUACAUAUCUAACUAUAAUCAUUUCACGAUAUUGUGCAAUCAUUUUUUAAUGUCUGUCGUGAAUAACUGUUAUAUACCCAACAUUGUUGAACUCCAUCGGGUAUGACUUCUCAAGUAUGUCGGGUAUGAGAUAGUUAUCCACCACAGGCUGUGGAAAAUAGUUGCACAAUAUUGUGGAUUGAAGUACACCAUUGGAUGCCUGUUCAGUGGUCUAGAGGUUCAUCAUCCGUGAGCAAGGCCGAAGGUCCUAUGUUCGGUCCCCUGCAGUAGUGGGGCCGUAGAUGUGUACCUCUGAGGAGUCUCAUAGUAGUUAUUCAGUGCUUCCUAGUUCAUAGUGGUGGUCUUGGUAGGAUUUAUGAUUUAGCUUAUUGGAAUUUAUUAAUGGGAAGAUUGUAUUAAAUUUCCCAAUAAACAUUUACCUUUUUCUUUCAGAAAACGUGACACACAUUUGGAACCAAUACGUAAUUCUUGGCAAGUACGUGUCAAUAGUAGGUGUUUUGUGUUUAUGAUAUUUGUUUGUUCUACACUACACAAUGUAGGUUUGUUUUCACACAUGUCCUAAUUAACAGAAAACCUUAAAUGUGAUUGCAGUCGACAAUUCAAUACUAAAUGUAGGACUGCCUUAUGGUUUUGUGUGGCGGUGAUUUAUGUUUAAAUUUCUCGUUAGGUCAUAUGUUCGGUUCUUGUUUAAUCAACUUUAGUUUAGAGCAGCCAAAUAGUGUUACUGGGCACUCUCAAAUGGACAGAUGGGCGGAAAGUUGAGCGCAUUAACUGUUAUUUAGUUAAGUUAAAUUAGGUCAUAGCAUAUCCACAUUUUUUCCCUAUAUGGCAUAUUAAUCAAUGAGAUGAUUUUAGAUGGAUUGAAGUGAACAUAUUGUACCGAAUUGCAGAGAAAGUCAAUCUAAAUUUAAUCGAUAAUAGAUUGUUUAUUUACUAGUGUCUUUAACAGAUCUUUCCAUUGGUUGGACUAACAACAAGAAUCAUUUUAUGAUAUCGUUACUACUUAUUAAGUUAUCUUUUUAUCAUUUAGUCUAUAGUGUUUCAUUGUUUUGUCACUCUGUCGUUUGUUUCUGAUUGUUGACGCGUUUGUUUGAGAAUGUACAAUGAAAUAGGAAUGAUUUCUAGAGAAAUCAUGUCUUCAGUUUGUAAUAAAUAUCAUUUAUACUGAAUACGGUGUUACCUAGUGUGAAUAAUGUUUGUAGAUAAUGGUGGACCUAAGGCAAAUGUGUCCUAGUUCAACCUUACAUAUUCCACUUCGUUGCAUCCAUCAUUUAGUACGUGAAUUGCGAAAGGCUGUUGAAAUCUUGACUUUCAGUGGUUGAGUACGGACAUUAGUGUAAUGUCUUUAUAAUAAACUGUAAAUCCUUCUUAGACGCUGCGAAACAUGUCUUUUUAUUCUCUCCUAAAAUAGCCUAACUAACAGUCAACUCUUUUUUCUUUCAAUCACCAGCUGUAUAUACCUGCUUUUUUAUUGUUUCGGUUCAUUUGUUGUCGAAAAUAUUAAAUUGUUGAUUUUGGCAUUGAACUCUCCUUAAUGUAUAAGUGACAUUCUAAUUUUAAACGUGGCCUGAUAAUAACCAAAACACUCGAAAUUCAAACAUCAAAUCACACUACCGCCUCAUCUAUUUCUGUUUAGCUAGCUGGGUAAAGUUUAAUUAACCCACACAGAUCGAGUGCAUUAGUCUGUAUAUUGUAAAUUAGUUAACUAUAUUUGUUUUUUUCUCUCAAAAAUUCCUAUAUAUAUAUAUACGCAAAGUACACAAAUAUACAUACAUAAGAACUUUCGUCUGAAGUUGAAUUAAUAGUUACACAGUAUUUGGGCGCCGAGGAAUGUAUUUGUAAAAUCUCAGAGAAUGAUUCUGAAGUAAAUCCAACGUUUCGGUUGGCAAUAUGGUCCAAGUUUUUUUUAAAGGAAAUAUAAUCAAACAUCAGAAUUAUGGAAUAUAGUUAGGUACGUUGUUCUUCGGUUAACUGUUUACUUAAUCGGUCUUCCAAUCAUGUUAACAAUGUUUAACAUAGUUAUUUACUUUAGUGUGUAUGAGACAUGUGGUGGUGCAACACAAAGUGUGUUAAUAUGAACAGAUUGUUUGUAUUCGUAAGUGGAUCUGAGGUGUGAGAAGAAAUUUCAUUCACUAUUUACUGCCUCUGAUCGGUGGAAGUUUUAAAAAGAACAUAUAAACUUUUUAUAUAUGAUAAGAAUAUUAUAUCUGAUUAUAUUUCCUUGAAAAAGCUUGGACCAUGUUGCCGACCGAAACUUUGGAUUUACUUCAGAAUCAUUCUCUGAGUUGUUACAAAUACAUUCUUCCUCCUUAAUAUACAUAUUUCUGAAUAUAAGGAAUUGCUUUUUGAUCAAAAGCUAUCGUGAUUACCACUUUUUUUACAAUCGACACGAAGGUUUUUCGGCCUACGUAACGUUUAUCCUUCUUUUUAAGUAAUAAUAGAAAUCACUACAACAAUUCUCUAUAAUUGAUACAUUUCUGUAAAAUUUUUAUAUUAUUCUUGUUUAAAGUUAACACCAUCCGGUAAAAUGUGUUAUGUAAGCAAACCUUGGGUUGUUCGCUUUUGGACAUGGGCUGAACCAGGUCCAAUGACAUCAGAAUUUUUCUGUGAACAUGGUUAUUUUCGACCAGAAUUAUGGGAGAUGCGUAAUUCACUAACUUUAUCUAUCCCAGAAAGUAUUUGGUGUAAUCUUCAUAAAAUGUUUGGUGGUCAUGAAAUUAUUCAAGAAUUAAUCCCGUGUAGUGAUUGUUCUGAUGCUAUUUCAAAAAGACAGAAAUAUGAACUGUCGGAGAUUAUGAGGGUAAUUAUGAUUUUGUGCAUUUUUGUUGUUGAAAUGAUCAUUGCUUUUUGGUGUUUUAUUGUCAGAAGAAAAAUCGACACAGCUCAUAUUGACAGAUUAAGGAUUAUUUCUCUAAUUUAUGGAAGUAAUGUGUUACUACAUAUUACUGAUCCCAUGUACAUCUUCAACUAUAUUGUUUGUUAUUACUUAAAUACAUAAAUAUUAGCACAUUGAGGCAAAGAAUACAUAUGCGCCACACAAGUCACUUGAUUUAUGUGUGAGCUGUGAUGCUGCCAGGUUGCCCAGACCGAAGCAGGUGGUUUUCUUAGGGGACCACACUCGGAGCUUUCGGCUCAAAUGUAUGAUCCACAAGGCAGUGGAGCAACGUAAGGAGAUGCAGUCCCAUGGUAGCCGGUGACCAACAAUUGGUUCAUACGCUCUUUGUUCCCUCAGGAUCCUGGAGCCCAUGUGCAUCAUGGGUUUGGAAUCAGGGUUUUCCAACUCCUGUAGGUUGAUCCUCCGUACGGAACACCAACUUAGUUAAAGCGCCGGACAUUCGCUCUUCGUGCUCUUAAUUUUGUAAACAACACCCCUGGUGCGAGAAGGCAGUGAGUGGGACUUCCAUGGCAGAGGCUAUAUACGCGUGGCCAUGUGAGAGCAUUUGAAGAGGGAGAGCUAACACUAUCCACUUUCGGCCGUACCAGGGCAUUAGGAGACUAUAGUAAAUACUAUAAACUUAGAUUCUGUUUCCAGUAAAUGCUGCACUCCCGACCAUUGCUACUACCUUGAUGUGGUGGUUGCGCUUGCCUAUCCUGUUGAACCAAUCGAGCUAUAUUUGCUGGAACAAUCUUUACUCAGCGUCCUACAAUGCUGGGCAAGUCGGUUGAAGAACGUGAAGACUAGAAGCAACAAACCCAAGGUCCGAGGACGAAGUCGUACUGGUAGAUGUACAGAGGUUUUACGGCAGUAAGGUGUUUCCCUCAGACAACCAGCAUGACAGCGAUGCUGUCUUGCCACAACCGAAGUGUGGGGUUAGAAAAGUUUGACCCUAAAAAUGUUUACCUCAUUUCACAGAUAUCCGUCUCCAUUGGUAAGGUCCCAACAAGGACGGAUCUAACACGGAAAUUAUCUACAAAAAGGUUGUUUGUGACCACCCUCAAGCAGUUAUCCUUUGGACUUAGCGAUCACACAGUCAGGCCACUAAGACAAACUCUAACUCACUUUCCUUUUCAUGUAACUAUAGAAAAGCCCUUCCACGAUGUGGGCAACCGGGAAGUAAUAACAGUCCUCAUUACCUCUAACAGCACUCAAGACCACUGUAUUCGUAAUCAAUUUUCCUCUUCAAUUCCUAGUAUUCCUCCUACCUCAACUACCAACUCUAUACUUCCUCCUGAUGUGUCACCAUAGCCAACGAUUCUAGUGCGCAAAAUACUGUCCCAACUACACAUUGGAUCCUUCAACAUACAUACCGUCUGACAUUGGCCAACAGACCUCCUUGUCUAAAACCCUAAAAUCUCGUACCAUUGAUGUAUACUGUGUCUCCGAAACAUGCAUACAGGAUCCUAGUAUGACCAUUCACUGACCUCACCUCGCCAAGACUCAGAGCCAAAGAGACACACCCUCUGUGUAUUUGGCGACCUGAUGGCUAGUUCUCGUGGACUGGCAGGUGUAGGCAUAGCACUAAGUACGAGGGCGAAACAGGCACUUUUAGAAUGGUUCCCUGUUAACAAUCGCCUAUGUGCUGUUCAGCUAAACGGCUUUGUAAGAUCUUUUAAGGAUAUGGACACACGUCGUUGCUUUUUCGUCGUUCCUGCCUACUCUCCCACUGACUUCAGCUCGGGUGAAGUGAAAGAUGAGUCUUACAGAAAGCUUUCUCAACUUCAAAAAGCUAAACACUUAGACAUAGUACUCAUAGCAGGUGACUUUAAUGCCCAGAUAGGUAGCUUAAAUCAAACAGAAAGACAUUUAGGCGGGUAUUUUAAUAUUCCGGCUCGGGGAGCAGAUAAUGAUGGUCGUCUGCUGCAACUGUGCUCAGACAAUCAUUUAUUUUUAGCAAACACUUAUUUUAAGCAUGAGAAGCAUCGUCUAGCAUGACGACCCCCCUGCACCAAUCCAACGAUGGACUCAAAUAGACCAUAUUGCCAUCAGUCAUCGUUGGUGAGGCUCAAUAGAAGGCUGUCGCUCGUUCUGGAGUACAUGUUUAGACUCUGAUCAUGCUCUAGUACGAGCACGCAUCUGCUUGCGCCUCAUUGUACGCAGAAAAACCAUAUCAAGAAGACCCAUUAGAGUUGAACUCAGUGACGAGAAAACCAAAAGUAGGUUCCAGAAACAACUGAGGUCAUACUUAGGCAGUUCUGAAAGCGAAGCUGAACCAGAUGCUGCUUGGAACGAAGUUUAAAAGGCUAUAGUUAAUCUGAAACGAGGAAGAGCAGCUGGUCCAGAUGGAUUGGCUCCAGAGGUCUUUAACUAUAGUGGUCCAGUUUUGAGAUUGGGUUGACUAAUAUUUCAGCUAAAAUCUGAGAGUUUAACGUAAUCCCAUCUGACUGGUUGCAAUCAUUGGUUGUCCCAAUAUAUAAGAAGAGUUCAAAAUCAUCCUGUGAUAACCAGAGCGAUUAGUUCAACUAAUAUAGUAUCUAAAAUACUAGCCUGUAUAAUUAUCGGACGCCUAACUAAGACUCGUGAACUGCAAACACGAGAAAAUCAGAUUGGCUUCAUACCUGGUCAUGGCUACAUCGACCAUAUAUUCACCAUUCGUCAGGUUCUAGAACACAGGCAUACUUAUCGGCGUCCAACAAUGGUGGUCUUUCUUAAUUUGACUCAGUAGGCCUGUAGGGGUUCUGUGGCAGUGUCUGUCAUUAAAAGGCGUACCUCAGAAGUACAUAAACCUUGUGAGGGCUCUUUACUCGAACACUACUAGUCGAGUGAGAGCUUACAGCGAAAUGUCAUCUGAUUUCGCAACCUCAAGUGGUAUCUGUCAAGGCUGUCAACUAUCUUCAUUUUUGUUCAACUUCAUCAUCGACAUGCUGAUGGAAAUAACAUUCUCAUCGACUGGAUUUCCAGGAAUUGAUCACAUACUAGAAUGUCCACUUACUGACUUAGAAUACGCAGAUGACAUAGUCCUGUUUGGUGAGGACGAUGAUAAAAUGUAGAGUCUAUUGGUGGCACUGAGCAACAAUGCCAGAAUGUUUGGAAUGCGCUUCUCUCCCUCUAAAUGCAAGUUGUUGCUUCAGGACCGAUCCGCGUCAACACCUGAACUAAGGAUAGGGAGUGAAGUAGUCAAACGCAUCGACAACAUUUAUCUUGGAAGUCUGAUCAACCCUAAUGGGUUGGUGUCUGACGAAAUCUAAGCACGGAUUCGAAAAGCUCGUUUGGCUUUUGCCAACUUAUGGCGAAGGUGAGAUAUCCGUCUAUCAAUUAAGGGACGAGUAUAUUUGACCACUGUGUAUACACUCUUAUCUGUCCUUAAUCUGCGAGAUUAAAAUUACUUUAUAUCAUUCUUUCUCCCUGUAUCGGUCCUUAUAUGCAAUCUUUUUUUAUAUAUUACUACCAUUGAAGUAACUGCUUCAAUGAAUUUGGAGUUCAUCUGCUUGUGCUAAUAAGAGUGGUGGCAACUUGGACCGAUGCAUAUAUUUGCCUGGUCCUAUAUUUUAGAUGACUGACUGACUGAUUAUACGUCAAUUAAAUUAAUGUUUUUCAGCAAAAAAUAUCUCAAUAUUCUAUCGUCCAUGACAAUGUUCAGUUCAUCAUCUUAGAAAAAAUUACAUUACUAAUGAAGGACCCCCCUUCAUCUUCUUCUGGACGAAUAGAAACUAGCUGUCAAACUCCAUAUUGUCUGUUUACUUAUAUCAAUACAUGUAGACAAUUUUAGACACAUAGUCGACUGAAAAAACGUUUAAAUUUCGGAUAGAGGGGAUACUAAGCACACCAGACAAAAUUUACAAGCUUGCCACUCAGGUCGAUCUACAAUCAAUCAAUAAACACGUCGAAAUUGAUCCAAUUUAUCAAACAAUUAUAAAAAUCAUGCACAAAUAUAAGAUCAACAAUCAAGUCAGAGGAAGAGACAUUCAAAAUAAAUGUGUAGACAACAACAAGUUAAGGGUCAACAGUAACCAGUUAAAAUCAAAGUUGACAGGACAAGCUAUCAGUCAUAAUAUGUUGAGAAAUUUGAAUUCAUCACUUCUACGUGAAGAAUGCGUGUUGAUGAUAUCGUUUCGAAGAACAAUGAAAGUUUCAUGAUUAAAUCAUCCAAGAGAACAAAACUCUGCUAAAACAAAAUAAAUACUGCCCAUAUGUAAAUCUAUUCUAGUUGUUUACAAAACUGAUUCUCCAUUCAGAUUGAUUGUUACUUAUUAGUAUCAUAAUUAAUCUAAAAUAUUCAAUCGGAAACAACUCAUUUAUUUCCAACGAAUAUGUUUGUUUUUGGUUAGCUUAACAUUUUUUCACUUUUCAUGAAUUACAACUAUUAUAGGUUAGUUCAUCGGUCACUCCAUCGUCCACAUCUUAUGCUGUCAGUAAAAAAUGGUUGGAUGUAUGGCUUCAAUUUGUCAAAGGACAAAUAUGGGGUAAGUUCAACUGGGAAAUAUCUGAAUAUUUAUAACGAAGUGUUCAUUUUCUCAUCUUGUUUACAUGUAUGAAAUAAUCAAUAACUAUUUCUUAAGUCACUUCAUUUAUGAAGGUUGUUUGAAUCUUCUCAUUGUUAAUGUUAAGAACUGAGAUUAUUCAGUCAUCAAUAAUGGGAUGAUUAAAACAACAUUUACAAAUGAAUUAAAACUUCCUGCCAUUGCAGAACCCAGCAAUUAUCUGGACUAAGUAGUUAAGUAUACAAUGCGUUUGAGUUUGAAGCAAAAUGUACUGCGUUCGAGUCUCAACAUAGGCAUCAACAUGGUUGAAGGCUUAUCCAGCUGACUAAUCUCUAAUAAGACAAGGCCAUCAUCCGGUGCUGCCAUGUUCUCAUCGGUGUUCUUACUUAGACCAGUUCAUUGUUUUAAUUAAAUUUAAAAUACCUUGUUCAUACUGAAAGGUUAACAAAUCAAUGACUAUUUCGUUGUAUAGUAAUUUGUAUUGAUAUCAAUACCAUGUCACAAUGAUAUAAUCACUUAUCACCAGUUUUAUAGAAUCAAAAAAUCCUGUGACUCAAGAUCAUUAAUCAAUAAUGUUUCCCAAUUGGUUGUGCCAGCAAUCCGUUUUCUAACAUAAUCAUACUACUUAUGAGUAGCCAAACUGUUCCUGUUGCGCUUCCUUCUCACCCAAUGCGCGAUAUAAACUCUUCUCGUUACGUAUAUUCACAAAUAAACAGGAUUAUCACUAAAGAUUUCUUUUAUUGAAUUUUAUAGGGUAUUAGAGUAGUUUGUUUAAUUCUGUUCACUCGAAAUAUGGGAUUGUGAUUUAGAAGAAUGAUUUUUAUUGGAGUUCUUGGUUUAUUUUGGAAUGUUUUUUCACAAUUAUCAAUUAUACGUUACUAAAGGCUUGCAAUUCCCGGUUUUUUAUAUUCCAGACUGAUAUUGAUCAGUCUCUGUUGCUGUAUAUUCAUCCUGGGUGGAUUCUCUCGUUAAAACGUCAUAAGUUUUAGUAUAUUUAGUAUGUAACUAGCAGUGGAAUCCAAGACUCACAUUUCGUCCUACACGAGAUUCGUCAGCUGAAUAUACUUGCAUCCCAUUGUUGAUGUCCUGCACACUGAAGUUCGGACUUGGGGCCUUUAGUUCUAAUAUUUCAGCUUGUAUUUUACUGAGUCAUACAUUUCAGAUAGACACUAAUUCAGUCAGUCGCAAUGUAGAACCUAGUACAUAUGUACAUCGGUUAAAUUUGCCAUAUCUCAUUAGCACAGCAAGAUAAAGCAAAAUCCCAAAGCAGUAGAGAUAGUGACAGUAUCAGUGGUGAUUGAAAAUAUUACGGAUCGAGGAUACGGUUCAAGGCGAUAUCAGAUGACGAAAAAAACUUGAAAUAUAGUUAUGAGGAAUUCGGUGGAUACAGAGAACGGAUGCACCUGCGCUAUUGCAAACGAUUCUAAGCCAUGUCAUUCAAAUUCUCUGACUGUUGUUUACUAUGAUCAUAUGGACCCCAACCAGAUAGUCUGCACCUAUUUACAUGGCCAAGUCCAGUUGUCAGUGACUCCAUAAAUUGAUGCUUUCUUCCACCCUACUCUUGCUUCAGAAAACAUCACACUCUAGGUAUGCAGUAGUUGGACAUGCGUAUCACAUGUCCCAAACACCCCAGUUGAUAAACAUUUACUUCCUUAUCAAUCGAUUCGCCAUCCUUACCUAUUAGCUUAUCUGCAACGCAGACAUUGCUUACUUGGUGGUCCCCGAAUACACUACAAGUUCUUUGUAGACACAUGUGAUGGAAUACAAGUAACCUACGAAUAUUCUUUACUCUUAAGGGUUAUGUUUCACAUUCGUAAAGUAGAACGGAGUGAACUGCUGCUCAGUAAACUCGCCAUUUGGUUGGCAGAUGGAUAUUUUGCCUAUGCCAUGAGUGACUCAAGUUAGCAGAAGCCAAUCAAACCUUCUGAAUCCGUGCCGAGUUCCCGUCAGAUGGCGAACCAUCAGGUCUAAUGAGUGGAAGCAUUCGAUGUGUUCAACUUCUUCACACCGUGAACGGAUGGGAAAAUCAUUGAAUAAAUAGACGGGAAUAGCUAGAAUGCUUGAAUGCAUGGAACAUGAGAAGAAAGGGUUUUUAUGUUAUACUGUCUCUUCUCUUUUGAUUGUUAUUAUGAUCACCCAUUAUCUCUAAUUUUAGGAACGAUAUUUGUCAGGUAUCGACGUUUUGCUCACAAAAUACGUUGUAAAUAUUAGGUCACAGUUUCAAACCUAAGUAUUAAUAACUAGUUAGACUUUCUCGUUGCUGAUCUCAUCACAGAUGAUUUUUUUCCAUAUAUUUAAAAGUUUUGGUACAGUUAUUUUUACUAAUAUGCAUGACUGAAAGUAGCAAGAGUACCUAUUCUUAGUUGAAUAACAUUCGUUACCAUUAUCUCAUAUAGAAAUGUUGUGCAAGCAUUUUAAUUGCCCCUGUGACCAUGUUGUUAGCUGCCUAUCAUCUAUUUAAGGUCCGCGCGAUAAGUGUGGCUUACUGAUUAGAAAGACGCUGUGUGAUAUAGCUUAAAAUCAUUCAAAAUUGCUACGAUGCCAUCACUCUUUAUCUUUCUUCCGAUUUUGAAUUCCAAUACCUCUUCACACAUACCUUUACACUACCUUUUUAAACGAUAUUCUCAAGGUUUAUUCUUUUUAUCGUUGCUGUUGAAUUACUUUGAUUUGUUUUAUUUUCAUCUUUUCAUGCUAAUGCAGUAUGGAGACUCGGGCCAGCACACAUCUGUGCCUGGUUCCAUGUUCAUGAAGUCUGUCACUCGGUAACUUUGCUCGACUAUCCUAUUUUGCACUCUUAAAUUAUCACUAGGUGAUUUCGACCUUUCCUUGUAAACUAGUAGAAAUAAAUUAACAAAUAUAGUCUUUUGUUCUCAGACUGAUUGAUUUACACAUUUGUUUGCCCAGUAUUGUGUCUUUUUCUACACAUUUAGGCUCAUCAAAAUUUUUCGUUAAAUGCUUCAGAACGAAUCCAACUGACUGUUGACCUCUAAUUAAAAUUCUUAUUCAUAUACACUCUGUUUUACCGUUUUCGUUAAGCGUAUGGAUCUGUUAUAUAUUGCUGAUGAGUCUUCUGGUAAUGGAAUACAUUUUAACACUAGUGCAAAUGGAUUUCUGUUGUAUACGCAGCAUUCUGUUAAUUUUAAUAUUGUUUUAUGCAUAUACAUGUUUCUCUACUACAGAAGCUCCAGGUCCAAUUGAUAAUUCCGACAUUAUGCCAUGCAAUAAAUCCCUUUAUUCGUAUCGUAACAGUGGAUCAUUUAAUUAUCCUACUCUUUCAUCAAUACCACUUGGUAAUUACGAAUGUGUUUCUGCUGAAGUAUGGAGUCUUCUGUUCAAUAUAUAUGGUGGAGGUCCAACAAUAUCUGUAUGUCAACCUACUUAUUCAUCAUCGAUCAAUAAUAGUAUAGAUGAAAAUCAGAUGGACGAUUUGUCAGAUCACAGUUCAUCGGAUCAAUUUUCACAAAAAUGUUCAUCAAAUUCUACUCCUAAUAAACAGUCACCUCUUAAUUCAGACCGAAUUGAUGAACAAGACCGAAAUAAUUAUUUGACUAAUGGUAACAAUAAUAUGAAUGGUGAUAUCUCUAACAAUUUGGAUUGGGCUGACAAUAAAUCCCAUUUGAAUCAUUGGAAUGAAAUGGAUAAAGAAAUAAAUUCGACAAAUUUCCCUAUAGAUUCAAUCUUAUCCAACGGCACUAAUGAUGAUACUAUUCAUCAUAUUGAAAUAUACACUCAACAAAAUGAUCAUCCAGUUAAAAAUAAAUUAACUCAAUCCACUGAAUGUUCACAAUCAAAUGGUGAUUGUUGUCCAUCAUCUAGCAAAACAUUGAACAUGUUCAAUGGUUGUUGUUCUAUUGUCACAGACUCUAAAUGUCAACUGAACAAUCAUCAUCCUAAUGUUCAACAGAAAUCUAUCAAUAAUAGUCUAACUGUUAGUAAAGGCGCUAGAACCGGUUAUUUUGGUGAUUAUAAUCCAUUAGAUUUGGUGAAUCAUAAAAAUGUCUCCAAAGUAGAAUCUUAGUACCAACAGCAAUAAAUGCAUCAAAUGAAAUCAAAACAUGGUGAUCAGCUUUAUGUAGACACUGUCGAAUAGUUUUUACAUAAAACUUAAACUUUUUGUUUUCAGUCCAUUUGUUGCUUUUAUUACAUUUAAUUAAUAAAUAAAACUGUGAUUCUAUGCAUUGUUUUGAAAUUUUCUUCUUUAUUGAUUGGAAUGGUAAUCGUUAUUGUGUUAUGUUUUCAGAACCAAGUGAUCUUUCCUUGUGACUCAGGUGAUGGUUCUUUUCUUUUCAUCCUUACUUUAUAAUAUGCAAGCAAUGUAUGAUUGUAAUUUGUAAUUAUUUCCUCUUUUGUGAGUUGAUGAGUUUAUGUGUAUGUUUCGUGGAAAUUACAUGUUAAGAAUGACAACAGCGUUGAACUAAACAAACACACAGUGUUUGUGUAUGUAUUUGACUUGUAAUUUUAUGUGUUUUAUUCUUUCAUCUAAGAAGCACUAAUUUCUCUCUUCAAAACUGUAUAUUGAUUGGAUUCGAACUGUUGUCUCAUUUGAACAAUUUAUUUAUUUUAUCCUUUCUUUUUGUCCCAUUUAUAUAUAUACGUAUACAUCAGUAAUUCCUCAUUAAUUUGAUAUUAAGGGUAGUGAUAAUUUUAAAUAUUGUUAUUCAUCGUCUUCUUUUUCUGUAUGUGUAUGUAUACACACUCUGGUAUAAUAUUUUGCUUUUUAUUCAUAUGUGUAUAAUUUCAUCUGCAUAGUAGCCAUCCAUUCAUCCGUUCAUAUUUAUUCAUUUAUAAUACAUAAUAAAAUCAUGAAAAAAAAUGUAUCAACAUCACUUGUUCUUUAUGUGACCUAUUUCAUUGUUAUUAUUAUUGCUAUUACUACUCUUAACACUACUACUACUACUACUACUACUGUUAUUGUUGAUAAGUAGUAGUGUCUAGUAUUACUGAUUCAUUUCUACUCAGAUAUUUUCUAUCACAUUAAUGAUGAGAUUCUUCGUGUAGUAGUAGUAGUAGUAGAUGUAAAAGUGUAUCCCAUUUGUUUUCUUCUCUAUUUAGAUGGAUAUUAAACUUGUCACGUGUGUAUAAAAGCACUAAUAUUAUUGAUUUUUUAUUUCCUGUUAUACAUUAAGUAAUUUAUAUGCAUAUAAUGUUAUUCAUACACUCGGAAUAAUGGAUAUAUCUAUGUCUUCAUAUGGGUACUUAUUAACUUAUUGCUUGUUUAAUUUUGUAAAUUAUUUUUAUGAAAGAAAAAAAAGUAAACAAAGAAGUUGUGUACAAAUAUUUUCUUCUUGUUUCUAUGUACAUUGCCUUGUUUGUUUGUUUUUAAUUAUAUUCGACUUGUAUUAAUAUUAUUAUUAUCACUGUUUAUUUCUGUUAUGAUCAUCAAAAUCACAGUGCGGUUUUCAUAGGUCACAGUAACAUAGAUUUUUUGUUCCACUCUUAUUACUAUUAUUAUUCUCAUAGAUUGUCAAUAACAAAUGUGUGUUUAUGGUAUUUGUUGCAAAUUUCUCGAUGUAUUUUCAGUGAGAGAUAGGAAGAGAUGUGAUAGGGUUAUCGUAUUCUUAAUGGUUGGUUUAUUAAUUUGUAAAGCAUUUCGUUGUCUUCUUCAUGAAGUAUAAUUAGAAUGUUGUUGUUUAGUUUUAUUUUGUUUCAACACAUAAAUUUUGGUACAAGGAGGCAUCAAAUACAUAUGCGCCACACCAUAUUUGUGUGUGUGUGGGCUGUGAUACUGCCCGGGUGCCCAGACCGAAGCAGGUGGUUUUCUUAGGGGGCCACUCCCCGAGCCUUUGACUUAAAGGUCUGAUCCACAAGGCGGUGGAGCAUCGUGAGGAGAUUCAUUCACAUGGUAGCCGGUGCCCAACGAUUGGUUCAUACGCCAUUUGUUCGCGCAUGAUACUGGAGCCCAUGUGCACCAGUUGUUGUUUAGAAAGAAAAUGAACUGCUCUCAGAGGAAAUCAUUCAUCUCGUAGUAGACAAACACCCUUAUCGUUUCAAAGGAAUAUAAAUUCAUAUAUGUAUUGCGAUGAUUUAAGAUACUAGAUUUGACGUUUUAUGAAAAUCUUGAAUGAAAAGUGCUUUGUAACUUUGUUUGUUUCGAAAGUGUAUUUAGAAGAAUACGGGGUUGGACACAUAAGAAUGUAUUUACUUUUACUGGUGUAUGUCACCAAGCCUCCACUCAUUAAAUCACUAAAAAAUAUAGCUGUACAGGUACAUUGACAUCAUUAGAUGCUGGCUCUGUGGUCUAGAGGUUAGGCGUUCGCGUCCGAGAUCGAAGGUCCUGUGUUCGAGUCCCGUAUGUGGGAUUGUGGAUGCUCGUUGCUGACGAGUUUCACGCUAGAACGAGACGGCCUUCCAGUGCUACCAAGUAUUCAAUAGUGGUGAAGUGUUUAUCGACUCAUGGUUCAACUAUUAGUGUGUACAGUUUUAGUAAAGGUUAUUAUCAGCAAGGAAAUUUUUUUUGGAUUGUUUCUAUUUCUUCAACGGCAUAGUGGAUUUCGUUUGUUGUAUUUUGUAGGAGUUUCGGAAAUCUGUGUUACAUACCUAAUAAAACUAGUACCGUUGAUCAUCAUCCAAAGAAUACUCAGUAGCUAGUGUAAAAUCAAUCUUUUUGGAGUUAAAUUGUGAAGCUUUAGACAGUUUUUUUACAUAUAUCAUUCUUCAAGUCUUAUUUUACACAUGAACUAUCUUUUAAGUAUGUUUAUUCGACAUUAUAUUGUUUGAGUAGAUAGGUCUGUUAGUCAGUCAUGUUUUUAUUUUAAUGAUGAUCUACUCUAAACAUAAACGGUUGGACUGUUCGCUUCUUAUUAAAUAAUCGUACUACAGUUGGAUAUUAUCAUCAAAUAAGUCUGGUCGACAAACUGUUCUUAUCAACAUAAACAACGAUUGAACUCAAUAGCAUUGUAUCUUGUUUUUGGACUGUUAAAUAGUUCAUUAAAUUUAUUAAGAUUUCAGUUGUAAUUGUAUAAACUGGUGACUCAUUGCCUAAUUCAACGAAUCGAUUUGAAAGUAAAGCUUAAAUUAUGAAUGUAUGUAUUCGUUAAGGUUUUCUGUGACUCUAGUGUAUGCUACUUAUGUCGACUGAUAUAAGUAGUACUUAACACCAAUCGGAAGUGGAAAACGUGGUAUCAGAGGGCUAUGAAAGUUGAUCUAAAGCAAUUAGAAAAAUUGUGAAUCAGAAGAAUCAUACAAAAUCUGGAAGAAAAGUGAUAAAAAUUCGAAAAUGACGUAGGACUAGACACGUAUGAGAUUGAUCACCACCCAGUGAUAAAUCAAUUGUGAUUACAUCUCAGUCUUACAGGAGGUUAGUCGCGGCUCGGAUAGCUCAGUGGUAACGUCUCUGACUGUGAAGCUGGGUGACGCGAGAUCGAAUCCGCCAGGGAGUACCAGUUCCCUCAAGAUUACAGGUACACCUUGCUGACGAGUGCCAAGUAGCACGAAACCCGGGUCCAGGGUUUCCUGUCGACUACCUCUAAUCACCAUCUAAUCUCAAUAUAUAGUGCCCGCAGUGUCGAGUCACCUAGACUGGUGGCCACAUUGCAACAUGAUCG